AUGGCGGAUAGCAAGGACGUGUCGAAGGGCAGCCAGCCCCCGCUCCAAAACACUCAUCCGCUGCCGCGUAGGACCUCGGCGGAGAAUUCGGCGACAAUUUACCACCAUCGGCUUGCACGGGAUGCUGCCAGAAAAACGUCACCGGGCAAUACUUCGGCUAGGGCUCGGAGCUUGCCGCGAAGGAAUUCCUCUAGCGAGAGCCACAACACAAGUCGCAGUGAUCCAAAAGGGUGGUUCGACCGGUCGAAUCGAAAUCCAACAGCAACGUUCGACACCGGUCCUAUGGAUGUUGAUCCCCCAUUUUUCCAGAAUGAGAUGGGGUUGGCCAACGAAGAACGGGGCCUGAGUGCCUCUCUCCGAGAUCCCGCACAUCUAUUCGCACAGGAAGCUCCUCAGAUGCCCGCGGUUCGUCCAACGGACACACAGAGCAGCAGCGAGGAUGGAUUCCGAAGCGUCAUUGAUGACUUGACCGUUGAGAAUAAGCGCCUCAAGAAGGAGUUGAAACGUUACAAACAACUUGGACCGGAAAUGAUGAAGAGGGAGACGCUUUUUGAGAUCAAGGUUCAUGGCUUGCCACAACGGAAGAAGCGCGAGCUUGAGGCCACGCUCCGUGAAUUUGCUGCUGGCCUGGAUACCCCAAGUGAAUCUCACUCACAACGCAGGAUACCGGGAAGGCAUGGCAAAAACGUGUACUCGUCCAGAGAGUCCAUGUCCAAACAUGCAUCAUCCUCUUCUUCACAUUCUCGUCCCGUGGAUUCCGCCUAUGCCUCUAUGUCCAUAGGGCCUAGUUCCAAUGCGCCUCAAUCAUCUGGCCCGUCUCAAGGGCGUCCGUCGACUGGUUCUCGCGGCAAGCACCUCUCACAGCAGAAGGUGGAACACUAUCUCCGUGAUACCCCAGACGGGUUAUUCCCUCGCCAUCUGGUGUUGACCGAUAAGGAGAAGAAGAAACUGGUGGUUCGACGCUUAGAACAACUCUUCACUGGAAAACUAAGUAGGAAAGUUGUCACGCGUAAUGGCUUGGCUCCCGCCAUGGGCGUCGAGGUUUUGUCGGAGCUCCCGACGGUUGCUCUCGCGCGGAAUCCGGAGGCGGCACGCGAAGCUCGAAUACAGCCUCAGGAUCCUAAGCAGAAGAAAUUGCGGUUACGUGACAACGUAUCAUCGUCCAAUUCAAAUGGCGACCAGACAGAAUCUGGCGGAAACGGAACGGGAAGCGGCGAUGGAAAUAGAAGUGUGGGGCGGAGCGGAAGCCAGACUUCACCAUCGACCAUUCUACCGCCGGAGCAGCGGCCUACCCGGCCUCGUGACCUAGAUCCUGACAGGGUGCAAGUACCAUCCGAGAACAUGGAUUAUAUUCGACAUCUUGGCCUCGACCCUCCGGAAAUAAUGGUCGGCCACAAGGCAAGCCGACAAGAUGUGUCUCCAGACGCUGAUGGUUGGGUUUACCUUAACCUGCUCUGCAAUCUCGCACAGAUGCACAUAGUCAACGUGACACCAAGCUUUAUCCGCUCGGCCGUCUGUGAGAAGAGUGCCAAGUUCCAGCUCUCACCCGACGGCCGAAAAAUACGCUGGCGCGGGGGGAGCGACGGGACAAAGUUUAGCAGCGACAGUAGCGUGGACAAUUCUCAGAAGAGUACAUCAACCGAUGAAUCAGACGGUUCAAAUCAUGGCCGUCAAAGAAAGAAACGGAAGACUCUUCAGUUGGGAGAGCAAACAGCGUCGGGAACCUCGAGCAAGGACUCCAAAUUUGGACCGCAACCGUCGUCUUGGUCGCAGAGCUUUCACUACAAGCCCCUAUUUGUUCAGCAAUCGUCGUCGGCAGAAACGUCAACAGAGGAAACGGAUUCUCCACCGUCGGAUGGCAUGGUGGACGACAGCAACAUCGAAAAUGCUGGGGAAUAUGAAGGCUCUAGGUCGUCUCAGCGAAAAAGACGCCGCCCUGGUGGUGCUAUUAUAUAUUAUAGUGGUGCUCCUUUUUGCACCGAUCUCUCAGGAGAUCCUGGUGACGUCUCACCAACAACAUACCUAACUUCGACAGGACAGGAGCCUGAUUCGUCUGUCCGAAGUAGGCCUUAUGUCCUGGUGCACCGAACCUCGUCUGGCUCUUCUCUCCCGGUUCGGCCCCUUGACAGUUCUCACCCAACAGUCUCGGAAUCUCCAGGUUCUGAUUUUGCUGAUAUUUCCGACAAUGACGGAGAUAUACUGAACAUCGAUAAGAUAUAUUUCCCCUGGUGUGACAAUCCGGAAAUGGAUCAACAAGACCCGAUUGAGCCACUUUUGGAGCCUUGCGGUCUUGGCGGCGUUCGCCCUGAAGACCACUUUGACGUGUUGGUUACUACUCAUCGAACCAUUUUAUCCAAACUUGCAGUUACACGCCAAUCGGAGCGUUUUUCUGGCUCGGACGACAUUGCAGAGGUUAUUGCCAGCCGAUUGGAAUCAUUGAAAACCUCGUCACCUCUUCCCCUGCGACGGCACACGGUUGGCGUCGACAUCCCGGUUAGAAUUGAAUAUGUUUCUGAAAAGAUUCAGCGACUUAAGCCGAUUGCGUUGCCGCCACCAGCUUACUACUUCCCACCAUUUAGCACUGACUCAGAAUCUGGUUUUGGCUUGGACUGGCUUGACUCGGAUGAAGAGGGUAUUUUGGGUGGAGAUGCACUCUCCGAGGCCCUGAUAUCUCAGCGGGCCAAUCCGCACCACUCCGAAAUAACAUUUCCCGAGCAAGAAGACGUAUCAUUCGAUGGCAAGGGAGUUGGUCAAGAUGACAGCGGUGACGAAGAAGAAGACGACGACGAUGCCAUGCCUGAUGAGAGCGAGCCCAUUGAAAACGCAAACCAUCACAAGGGCGUAAAUCUCGUCCGAACGGGUAGCUCAGUAGCUACUGCUGGCGGCGCCGAGAGUGGUUAUAAUAGCUCUGUUGAGGACGGAGCUGAAUGA